CCUGUGGGUAGGGUUGGUAGAGCAGAGUGUGUGCCAGGCAGGUGGGCACUGGGAGCCAGCAUGGCUCUAGCCUGGGCCCAUGUCAGCUUCACCGAGGAGUUGCAGUGCCCCAUCUGCCUGGAGGUGUUUACUGACCCAGUCAUCCUGCCCUGCGGCCACAACUUCUGCCGGCGGUGCGUGCAGGAGUGCUGGCAGCGCCAGGCACCGGGACUGUGGUGGUGCCCAGAGUGCCGGGAGGCGAUGGGUCAGGAGGGCCCUCUGCGACGCAACCAGGUGGUGCAGGAGAUGAGUGAGGAGGCCCGCUCGCUGGCCGGCCUGUACUGCCAGCAGCAUGGCCUCCGCUACAAGCUGUUCUGUGACACUGACCUGCAGCUGAUCUGUGUGAGCUGUCGGGACAGUCCCAAACACCAACAGCACCAGGCCAGCCCUGUCCAGGAGGCUGCGCAAUUCUACAAGGUGAAGCUGCAGGAGGUGAUCACUUCCCUGCAGGACCAAGCCAGCACCUUCACCGCCUUCCUCAGCGUAGAGGAGGACAAGAUCUCCACUGUCAAGAAGAAUGCGGAGUCACUGCGGGUGCACGUCAGGGAGCAGUUUGAGCAAAUGCACAGCUUCCUCCGCGAGAGAGAAGCCGGUUUGACCCGGGAGCUGGCGGAACACGAGGCCUCCGCUCUGAGGCUGAUCCGGGAGAACCUGCAGACUGUCCAGCUGGGGCUGUCAUCGCUGAGCGCUCAGUUAGCCGAGCUCACCGAACAACAGGCCCAGGGCGACGACGUCGAGUUCCUGAAGGAGGUGAGCCAGCAAAGGCCCCACGAUAUCCCACUGCCAGCUAAAGCAUCGACGGACCUGCCUCUGGGAAUAUUCAAAGGGCCUUUGCAGUACAAAGUGUGGAAAGAGAUGAAGGACUUCAUCAAUCCAGUCCCUGAGGCUCUGACGCUGGACCGGGGCUCGGCCCACCAGCGCCUCCUGGUGUCCGAGGACCUGACCCACGUCCGGCUGACCGACAGCAACCAGCAGCCGCAGGGGCCGGAGCGCUUCGGGCCAUGUGUCAACAUCCUGGCGGCACAGGGCUUCCAGUCGGGCAGGCACUACUGGGAGGUGGAGGUGGGCACCAAGACGGCCUGGGACCUGGGCGUGGCCCGUGAGACGGUGCGCAGGAAAGGCCGCAUCACCCUGUCACCGGUGGACGGCUACUGGACGCUGUGGCUGCGGGAUGGCGACCAGUACAAGGCCCUGGAUUGGCCAGCCGUGCCACUGGCCCCCAGCGCCCAGCCCAGGAAGGUGGGCGUCUACCUGGACUUCGAGGGCGGCCAGGUCUCCUUCUACAACGCUGAUGACAUGAGCCACCUGUACACCUUCAGGGACACCUUCAGAGAGCGCCUCUUCCCCUACUUCAGCCCCUACCUGACCAGCUGUCCCGGCAACGCUGAGGGCAUCCGGCUGUGCACGCCAAAGCUGUAACCUCCACCAGCACCGCCCCCUACCUUGGCAGAACCUCCACGUGGUUGUGGGGCUGCCUUACCUCAUCAGCCUGACCCUCCCCUCCCUCCAUCGUGAUGCUACCUUAUCUGCUGCCUUUCACCAGCCUGACCCCCCAUUGUGUUACUGUAUCUGCCCCUUCACACCAGCCUGACCCCCCAUUGUGUUACUGUAUCUGCCCCUUCACACCAGCCUGACCCCCCAUUGUGAUGUUACUGUAUCUGCCCCUUCACACCAGCCUGAACUCACUGACCAACCCCUACCAUUGUGACGAUUUCUGUAAUUGCUCUAUUAAAAUGAGUCAUAGCUUGGA